GACAUUUUCUCAUUUUUGCCCCGUUAGCACAAAUUCCAAACACCGAGCAAUCCCCCCUGCCCUCCGAAGCCAUGGCGACCUUGGACUCCGACGUGCCCAUGGUCCCCGCUGGCGAGCCCUCGAGCAGCUCCGUCCCUUCCUCCUCCACCAAAAAGAACAAACGCUUAGAGAUCAAGAAGUGGAAUGCCGUCGCUCUCUGGGCCUGGGAUAUCGUGGUUGAUAACUGUGCCAUUUGCAGAAACCAUAUCAUGGAUCUAUGCAUUGAGUGCCAAGCUAACCAGGCUAGUGCCACUAGCGAGGAAUGUACAGUUGCUUGGGGGGUUUGUAACCAUGCCUUUCAUUUCCACUGCAUCAGCCGAUGGCUCAAGACCCGUCAAGUAUGUCCAUUAGAUAACAGCGAAUGGGAGUUUCAGAAGUAUGGUCACUAGAAUCUUCAUCCAGUUGUGCCAAUGGACUCCUCAUUUCUGCUGCUGAUAUAGCAAUGCUACGAAACUUUUCUGUGUGUCUAUUUCCAUAUUUCUUUUACUUAAAUUUCACUGGAAUUAUCGUAAUUUCAAGAAUCAUAUGGGGUGGUAUAACUGUUUUGAGUUUGAUUGGUCACAUAUCAGGUGCACCAUUUGAAGCCUUCAAUUGCUUUUAGCAUUA